UCAAAUAGAAAAUCCUAGGAUCCUAGAUCUACAGACUAUGUAUUUUAAAUACCAGAAAUUAUACGAAAACGUAUUGACGUUUACCAUCAAUGGCGUCCUCGCAACUGUCAAAACAAAUCAAUUAACCACAUAAUGUCACAGAAAGGAGCAAUCAAAAAGACUUCAGAAUCAACAAAUACAUCAAAAACACGAGUUCUACCCAAAACAAAGAGUAAAUAUUCAAACAAUGAUGGAUCUUUGGAAGUCUCAUCAUCAACCGAAUCCAAAGAUCUCAAACUUGUGCAACAUAGAGAUCGAAUGGCAGCAGGAGAUAGAUUGCAGAAAACUUUGCAAAAUUCACUUGACAAAUCGACAUCGAAACAAAUCAGCUCUAAGGAUAAAUUAGCCACAUCUCAAACAACUAGAGUUAAACAAAAUAGGGUAUUAACUAGCUCAAGAUCUGGAGCUGAAAGCUCGCCAAGGUAUAUGACACAAUCGAUGAAGAACACAACGAUUUUGAAAUCUAAGCCUGAAAAACGGAAGGUGGAAGAUAAAAAACUUGGCACUGUUGCAAAACAGAAUUCUAUGACUGCAAAAUCAGGUGUCAGGUAUUCGGAAAAAAGAGGAACAAGUUCCAUUUAUUUGCCAGAAAGCACAAGGAGUUCUAAUAUUGUUACAAGUAAGACCUCAGGUCAGGUCAUUAAGUCAAAAUCAAAUUCGUUAUCUACCAGAGAUAGAGAAAAACCUGCCCAAACACACAAUAAGAGUCAAUCAGCUAAAGAUGUACCACGCCGAUCCUCAAGAGAACGCAAAAAAUCUAGAACCUUAAGUCCCAGUGAAGUGAAGAUUUUACAUUCUGUUAUGAAAACUGCCAACAUGAUAAACAAUAGCAAAAAUGGAAAAGAUAAUAGCACAGCAAAUGAUGCUGCCCAUGAUUAUGACUACGAGGAUGACUUUGAGGAGUGUGAUUCAGAUUCUCAUGAAUUUACCGACAGCGAGGUAUCACAAGUUAGUGAAGAACAGAAAAGCAGUGAUAGUCCUGAACCUGAACCAAUCGAGAUGCAGAGAGAAAAACCAGUAAAUACUAUAGGCAGUGCAGAUGGCCGAAAAAGUGAAGAGGAAAACAUGCUGGAUUCUGGGCACUAUGAGCUUACUGAGGCUAGAAGGCGAGCUGCAUACAUAGAAUCUAUGUCAAUGAGCCAACCAAAGCCUCCUCCAGUGCCAGAAUUAAGACAGUCUAAUGACAAAAUGCAUAGACAGGAGAAAAUAUCAGAGAAUAAGUCAUUACCAUUGUCAUCGACAGAUGAAGGUUUUGAAGAUGGGCGAUCUGGGGAUUUUGCAAAAUCUCCACCGGAUUCCCAGAUGACUUUUAUCGAUUUUCAAAAACCAAAGAAGGCAGAUGCAAAAGAGAAAUUAGGGCGAAAAUUGAAAAGAGGGCAAGAGUUGUUAAGCAUGAUCAGAUUAGACACCAUAGAGUGGUCUUUGAUCGAAUACACACCUGUAGCCUACGACGAUUUUAUACGAACUUAUGGACGAUUGAAUACACAACAGAUCGCUGUGCAAACUAACGAGGAUGAUUUAGAAGUAGAAACUCAAACUGAUGCUAUUGAAGUAGAUAAUAAAUGGACACAAUUUCCAGUUACAUGUAGAAGGAAUUUGAAGACCAUAAAAGAUGUAAAAUUAUUUAGAAUGGAACAAAUAGGUGUCGGGGAGGACAGGGACCCUGAUUUGACAAACUCUGUGAAUUUGCCAUCUUACGAUAUUCUACAACUGAAUGAAUUCUUGAGGAACGCUGGAAGAGUUAUGUUGUCGUUGCUGGAGGAAAGAAGAGUUGGUGGAAAUGUACUUCAAUGUAAUUCACAUGAGUUACCAUUCAGCGAAGGCUUUAUCAAGCUAGCUGUUGAUUCCGUUUCAUUCUUAGCGGAUAGACGGAUUUCACACAUACAUUAUUCUGACACUUUGAAUAAAAUGCUAAUAACGAUACAUGUUCAAAAUAACGAGGGAGUCCAAACUUCAAGUAGAGAAGACUAUCUGACCGACUGUUGUAUCGGCUGUGUUUGGAGUAUCUCAGAGCCUUCAACACCAAUCAAGCUAUUUUACUCAUUCUGCCCUAUCACAGCUUGUUGUUUCCACUCGACAAAUUAUAAUGUCAUAUUUGCAGGCCUAGAGGAUGGAUCAAUAAAUCUAUGGGACCUGAGAGAAGAGGAAAUGUGGCACCACAAAGUCACAGACAAAGUAAAUGAAGUUGACUGGAUAUUAAGAUCAGCGACGUAUACUACAGCUGAUACUGUCAAUGAAAAUUACCAUAAUUCCGAAAUUGUCGCGAUUCGAGUCAUAUCACAUAUCGACAAAGAUAUAUCAAGUGCGAUCAAGGACCGGCUGGCGCCGAUUCAAAUUUGUACAUUAGACGAACAUGGUGAAUUAAUCAUUUGGAGUGUUCUGUACACAAUGGGGGUUCACAUUGAAGAUCUAGGAUUGGCGCAUUGGGGUGAUAUUCGGCUCCAAAAGAGCGACCGGAUUAUAUUGGAUAAACAAUCUGACGAUAUGGAAAAGUGUUUCCGCAGCUUUAUUGACUUGCAUGUCGAUAGUAUUGACACUAACAAUCUGUUUUUGGCUACUAACUCUAAUAAAAUUUUGCAUGCAACUUGUAUUGGGAAUAAAGUUGCUCCCAAAUUUUACAGAGGAAAUGAAAUGGAAUUUUCAGGUGGAACUAGAUGUAUUGAGGGAUGCCCUUUUAAAUUAUCUUACUUCUUAGUAGGAUGCGAUGACGGAACUGUACGACUCCAUUCAUUGAUGGUUGAAAAAGCCCUCUUGCACUUACACAGUAGUGAAUGUACGAGUUUGGUAAAGUCAAUACAGUGGUCAAAAUCCAAGCCGUUCACCUUUUUUGUUUUGGAUAAUGCGUCAAAAAUUCACAUAUGGAAUUUGUGUGACAGCGACAUGUAUCCAAUGUACACCAUAUCAAUGACUGAUUGGGGCUACAUUACUAGUAUGCAAUUGUCUCCUUGCAGAUCUGAUCAUGACAUGGUCAAUCAGUAUUUGGCACUUGGAACAGAUGCUGGCCGAGUUGAGAUUCACAAAUUGAAAAAAGAAUUUUGUUUCAGCCAAAGAAAGGAAUCUGAGCAAGAACUCGAAACGUUCUUAAGAUACGUAGAUAUUUUAUAGCCUUUAGUCAAGUUUUCAUCUAAGCUGAUUAGAUAGCCGUAAUUAUGAAUCCUGUGACUUAAAGUUCUGGAUGCUUAAUUACAAUUCACCCUCGCAACGGUUGUCAAGUGUUGAAUAAGAUUUUUUAAGCUAUGAAUCCUAAACGUCAGCAAAUAUUGAGGUAAUAUGAUUCGGAGUUGGAUUUGGAAUAUUUGAUACAUUCAGGGCAUGUGCUCGUUUAUGUUGGGAGCUUAUGCCGAAUGCUCCUGCUGUCGAUACAAAUAAUCAAACGUAAUUUCUAAUAUAUGACAAUCUUUUUAUCUAAUGGAUCUUAAGACUGGAUAUUGGCUAAAUCUUAGACAAGUUUUAGAUUGUUUGUUUCUGGUGUUCAAAGUCUCAACUAGUUACAUCAGUCAGUUCUCACUUCAAUUAGACUUAGAUUUGCUGUUUGAAUCGCCCACAUCGACAUUAAUCGUUAAAUCACGUUAAAAUCGUGAUCUAAUUGAAUGGGUCCAAUACAUAUACACAUAUCUUGAUUCAGUAUCUUCGAUCUCCUAUUUUGCGCACAUUUAUGCCACUGAUUCAAUAUGAACUAGUUGUCAUUGGACAAAUGUUCCCGAAAACUUUGCAAAUUAAACCACUCACUAGUCACAAUAACUAUUACAAACACUGUAGAUAUUAGGUAAGGAUAACUAUUGAAUAAAAUAACGAUUAAGGUAAAUGA